AUGCAGUCUGAGGUGAGCAUUCUUGGAAGAUUUUCUCAUCCUAACCUGAUCAAACUCCUGGGUUACUGCCAAGAAGAUGAAGUACUACUGCUUGUCUAUGAGUUUAUUCCAAAGGGCAGCUUGAGCAACCAUCUUUAUGGAAGUCACUCUGCUGCUUUUUCACUUCCAUGGAUUGUAAGGGUUCAAAUUGUGAUUGACACAGGUCGAGGCUUGGCAUUCUUACAUGCAUCAGAGAAGCAAGUCAUUAACAGAAACUUCAGUGCCUCAAAUAUAUUACUUGAUGGCUCUUACAAUGAGAAAAUAGCAGAUUUUGGCUUUGCAAAACAAGGUACUUCGGCUAGUCAAUCACAUGUGACAACAUGGGUAAUUGGGACGUACGGUUAUGCUGCUCCCAAGACACUUGUACUUGAAGAGCAAUGUCUAUUCUUUUGGUGUCUUUUUAGUGGAAUACUAAAAGGUCUACGAGCACUAGACAAUAACCGGCCAAGCAACCAGAUUAAUCUAACCGACUGGAUUAAGCCUCAUUUAUCUGACAGAAGGAAGUUGAAGGAUAGAACCGAUUCACGGCUGGGAGGAAAAUAUCCAUCCAGAGAUGCAGUACAAAUAGCACAACUGGAACUAUUAUGUCUUGGAAAUGAACCUAAAAGCAGGCUGUCCAUGGAGGAAGUAGUGAAGAAACUAGAACAGAUUGAAGUUACCAAUGAAAGAUCCAAGGACCAUGUUUCUUCUAAUACAAGGAGCCGGGCCUAUCCACUCGUUAGAAGAGCAGAGUGA